GACCGCGUUGGCCAUCGAUGGUCGCACUAUACGGCGCGGUGCGUACAUCAUCGAUGGUUGCGCGGCCCGCACACAUCGAUAGUGGCGCUUGACGCCGCGGCUGAGGGGGUCGAACGCGCUCGCGGCGGCAACGGCAGCGCGCAUCACGCCGUUGCGCUAAAAAUAUACAAUCGCGCCGGCGACGAGGCGUUUCGGUAUACCGCGCACGCACAUCGAUCAUUUGCCGCCGCCACCACCGCCGCCGCCGCCGCCGCUGCCACCGCCGUGCUACCGUAAACGCCGUCGACGGCGCGGCCGCCGUUUGCAGUGCAACGACGAGUUGUGUGCAUAAUAAUAAUAAUAACGACGAAAGAGAUCCUCAUAUCGAUCCCCGACAGUAACCGCGGAACAAAACCAACCGAAUACUUGGAGAAAACCCGCGCUGACGAACGGACAUCGGCGCGCCGGACGGGCGAUUGGCGGCAGUGCAACAGGAGUCGACGGCGGCGGCGGGAAACGGACAUGUUAUGCGGCCCGGUAGUCGGGACGACGGUGCAGCAGACGAGUGUUCGUCGCGUUCGUCGUUAAUAACGUCAUGUACGCGUCAUCGUCGGCCGACAAGUACGGCACCGGCAGGACCGCGACCGCCAAGACGUACCAUCACCAUCACCAGCUGCAUCACCUACACCACCGCCACGUCGACACGUCGUCGUCGUCGUCUUCGUCGUCGUCGUACGCGUUGUCGUCCGAGCUGAACGCCGACCGGCGGUCUAGGGCUUACAGCAGCGUGCCGAGACAGGUGACGCCGGUCCGGUCGACCACGUCGUCCCGAUUGACGGACAUCAACGGUAAUAUCCGAUCGCUGAGCUUGAGCAAGAGCCUGUCGCCGGCGUCGUCAUUAGGUUCUUCCCGAGGAGAAAUCAGCGGAAAGACCACCGGUGCAGCCACUCUGCUGCAGCUAGGCAACGACAAUAAACGGUAUGAUGCAACGAAAAAACGUUUGGACGCGUUCUACAACAGCAGAUCGCCGUCGUCGUUGCUGAACAAAUCGUACAAUUACAAGGCCGGCAACUUGUCGUACUUUGAAAAGUACAACAAACAACAGAAUCAGCAAGACUCUCCUCCGCCCAACGAACCGCUACAGCAAUCCAAAUAUGUCAACAUGAACAGGACAAACUACGGCGCCAUCACGGACAACGGUGCACUGCAUCCGGAGUCGUCGUCGUCAUCAGCGUACAGGUCGGUGGCCGAUUCGAAAAAGGGGGUGGUCGGCAUCCGGAACAUAGGGAAUACGUGCUACAUGAAUUCGGUGCUACAGUGCCUGAGCAACACCAAGAGCCUGACGGACAGCGUACUGGACGACGUUGACGGAGUCGACGGCAAGCUGAUCCGGGUGUAUCGAGACCUCUUGUCCCGAAUUUGGACCACCGCCGACAGCCAUCCGGUGGAUACCACCGCGUUCAAGUCGGCAUUCCAGCGGCUAUCGCCGCGGUUUGCUGGCUACGAGCAGCAGGACGCCCAGGAGUUUCUGCGGCUGUUGCUCGACCGACUGCACAUGGACGUCAACAGGGUGAAGGUCAAGCCCCGUGCCAUGCCGGACGUGGACGAGACGCUCAAGGACAACGCGCUGGCCGCCGAGUUCUGGCAAAGAUACCUGGUCACUGACAACAGUACCGUGGUCGACUUGUUCGCCGGUCAACUCAAGUCCACGCUCGAGUGUUCUAUAUGUGGCCACAAGAGUAUCACGUUUGAGGUGUUUUGGGACGUGUCGUUGCCAUUGCCGUCCAGCGGCUCGGCUAACAUAGUGUCCAUUAACGACCUGCUGCACAACUUCACGCAGGAAGAGGUGUUGGACUUCCGUGAACGUCCCCGGUGCAGCGUUUGCAAGGUAGACAGGAAGAUGUUCAAAUCGUACCGGUUUCAACGAUUACCCAGAUACUUGGUGCUGCACCUCAAGCGUUUCCAGGGUACGCAAUCGUACAAGAAGAUUACGUCGCUAGUGGCGUUCCCGUCCAUGUCACUGGACAUGAGCCCGUACGUGUCCAGCACGGCUCGGAGCAUACAGCCUCACGGUUGCAAGUAUAACCUGUACGCAGUGUCCAAUCACACGGGUACGCCGAUCGCCGGACACUACACGGCUAUGUGCAAGCACCCGGUCACCGGUGACUGGAACUUCUUCAAUGACAGUUCCGUCUCCCGGAUCACAUCGUCCGCGAAACUCAUAAGCAAUGAGGCGUAUAUACUGUUUUACGAGGCCGCGAAUUAUUAGUUAGCCGAUGAAAUCAG